AAUGGGUCGCCUUCACGAGGAAGUAUGGAGGAGUAUUUAAAGUUUCACUGUGGAGAAGUCUAAACAGUCGGUCUCCGUUGUUUUGCUGGCGUCAAGUUGUUGUCUCUGUAGUCUAAAUCCACCCUGAGCAGCUGAAGAUGAAGGGCCCUUUGCUGCUAAUUCUAACCAUUUUGUUGAACACUCAGUUCGGCGGUGCCGUCCACUCCUCAUGCACCUAUUCUCCGCACAAGUGGUGCUCAUCUCUGGGCUCAGCUAUCAAAUGCGGGGUUUUUAAGCAGUGCCUUGAAUCCAACUUCACCAGGUCUCAUGAUUCAGUCGAUAAGGUCGAGGUGGCGCUCUACUAUGAGAGUCUGUGUCCCGGCUGCAGGAAUUUUUUCGUUUUCUCUCUCUUCCCGACCUGGUUAAUGCUGGCUGACAUCAUGACCGUCACUUUGGUGCCCUAUGGGAAUGCACAGGAAAAAAAUGUCACAGGGAAGUAUGUUUUCGAGUGUCAGCACGGCAAAGAGGAAUGUCUGGGCAACCUGAUUGAGACUUGUUUACUGAACAUGACUGAUCUGGCUAUCCCAAUGAUCUUCUGUAUGGAAUCCUCCACUGAUGUCAUCAACAAUGGCCAGAUGUGCACAAAACUCUACAAACCUGACUUGAACUGGGGCGACGUCAUGAAAUGUGUGAAUGGGGAUCAGGGAAACCAGCUGAUGCAUCAGAAUGCCUUGAAGACCAAAGCCCUGAACCCUCCACACGACUAUGUACCCUGGGUGACCAUUAAUGGGGAGCACACAGAAGACCUGCAGGAGAAGGCCAUGAACUCUCUCUUCAAUCUGGUCUGCAGCCUGUACAAGGGCAAAAAGCCUCCAGCCUGUGGUGGGAAACAGAAACACUUCAAAAGCCUCUGCCACAAUGAGUGAAGGAGCAGCACCGCACACGCCUAUAUGCUCUUUCUGUUCCAGGUGUGGCCACUAAAUAAGGAACACUGAGGAAUGUCAUCUGAUAAUUUUUUUUUUAAUAUGAUUUUUCACUGUUUCUAAAAAGGGAAAACAUUCACCUCACUUCAGAUUUACUUUGUAAAGGAAAAAAAGUAUUUUUUUUGUUUUUCAACAUUGAUAUCACGCUCAGGGGUAAGCUGUACCUACAAAGCUUUGCAUGACAUGUGGUCACUUAAAGAGGGAAAAAAAGGUCAUACAAAGGGGACGAGAUGGUUAAAUAAGUUGACUACAUCUAUCCAUGUCCCAGGGGAAAUAAAACAAACACUGAUUUGGUUUAUAGACAUGUAGUUAUAGUUCAUGUAGAAAUGGCUCAUUGUUACACAGACACGUCAUCACUCAUAUGCAUUCUAAUGCCGACACAACGUCACAUUUUCACUACACAUUUACAUGGGUGAAAAAAUUCAAGAUUUAAUUGCAGUGUCUACAGAAAAUGUGAAAAAAAGAAUCUUGUCAGUCAAAUUCAUCUCUAACUUUUUUUCUGUGUGUUUUGUCUCUUUUUUUGGCAAAUAAAUUGCACUCAAAAUACAA